GGAAUGGUUUUGGCGACCAUCAUUCGCACUCGACCAUGCUAUAUGGCCCGACUUGUGUCGGGCUUCUCGUCCAUACGAACGGCCCGCAUGUUUGCUUCGACCGCAGCUGCACCCAGAAAGACAAGAGACUUCAAAAAGGUGAUGGUGGCAAAUCGCGGUGAAAUCGCAAUCCGUGUUCUUCGAGCCCUAAGUGAACUGCAUAAAACUUCAGUUGCCAUUUACUCUGAACAAGACAAGCUCUCCAUGCAUCGUCUAAAGGCUGAUGAAGCUUAUCUGGUUGGAAAAGGUCUCGAACCAGUUGCGGCCUACUUGUCAAUCCCUGACAUUAUUGAUGUGGCUUGCAAGAAUGAUGUGGAGGCAAUUCAUCCGGGUUAUGGAUUUCUAUCGGAGCGUUCAGAAUUCGCACAAGCUUGUGAGGAUGCUGGUAUUGUCUACAUCGGUCCAAAACCAACGGUUAUGGCACGAAUGGGUGAUAAAGUAGCAGCUCGUCAAUCAGCAAUCGAAGCCGGCAUAUUAGUGGUCCCGGGUACGGAUCGUCCAGUUACGACAGUCGACGAGGUUCAUGCGUUCGUCAAAAAGCACGGUACUCCGAUCAUACUGAAGGCAGCUUUUGGAGGUGGUGGUCGAGGAAUGAGACGUGUUGAUGAUGAGAAAGACGUGGAGGCAUCGUUCCAACGAGCCUACUCAGAAGCACUUGCAUCGUUCGGUAACGGCUCGUUGUUCGUUGAGAAAUUCAUCGAAAGGCCACGCCAUAUUGAAGUACAAAUAUUCGGUGACAACUACGGCAAUAUCGUACAUCUGUAUGAAAGAGAUUGCUCCGUGCAACGUCGUCAUCAAAAAGUCGUUGAAAUCGCACCCGCACCUGCGUUACCGAAAGAGAUUCGAGAGAAGAUACUCAAGGAUGCACUUAAAAUCGCUCGAUAUGUUGGAUAUAACAAUGCUGGAACGGUGGAGUUUUUGGUUGACAAGGAUGGACAUAACUAUUUCAUUGAAGUGAACGCUCGACUUCAAGUGGAGCACACUGUUUCUGAAGAAAUCACCGGAGUUGACUUAGUUCAAGCGCAGAUUCGUGUCGCUGAAGGUAAAACUUUGGACGAUAUUCACCUAAAACAGGAUGAUAUUCAUGUCAACGGAUGUGCCAUUCAAUGUCGAGUCACUACCGAGAAUCCGGCUCUUAACUUCCAACCGGAUUCGGGCAGAAUUGGGGUGUGUCUUAAAGCCUAUGGCAAUGCUAUUCUUUUUUUUCAGCAUUCAGAAAACAUCACUACGGUCUCUGUAUUGAUCAAAUUGCAACAAAGCUCUCAAUUGAAGGUGUUCCGAAGUGGUGAGGGUAUGGGUAUCCGUUUGGAUUCAGCAUCCACAUUUGCUGGAUCAAUAAUAUCACCGCACUACGAUUCACUACUUGUGAAAGUGAUCGCACACGCUCGUAAUCACGCAUCAGCCUGUUCGAAAAUGUAUCGUGCACUCAAAGAGUUCCGUAUCCGAGGAGUUAAGACGAAUAUUCCGUUUUUGAUGAACGUUAUUCAACAACCGAAAUUUUUGGACGCCUCCGUUGACACUUAUUUCAUCGAUGAACAUCCCGAGCUGUUCAUCUUUGAACCGAGUCAGAAUCGUGCUCAAAAGCUGCUCAGUUAUUUGGGUGAAUUGGCUGUCAAUGGUCCGCUGACUCCGUUGGCCACACAACUUAAACCGGCUCAUGUUGUUCCACCAGUGCCAGCUAUUCCAGCUGGAAGUGAACAUCCCUAUGGAUUCAAGGAUGUAUUGAAAACUCAAGGACCAGAGGCAUUCGCGAAAGCAGUCCGUAACGCACCAGGAUGUCUGAUUACCGAUACAACGUUCCGUGAUGCUCACCAAAGUUUGCUGGCCACUCGUAUUCGUACCUAUGAUUUAGCCAAAAUCGCUCCGUACGUCUCACACGCUCUUCCGAAUCUUUUCUCAAUGGAGAACUGGGGAGGUGCCACAUUCGAUGUCUCAAUGCGUUUCCUACACGAAUGCCCAUGGGAACGAUUGGAACAAUUGCGUAAGCUCGUACCAAAUAUACCGUUCCAAAUGCUGCUUCGUGGUGCAAACGCUGUUGGCUACAGCAGUUACCCGGAUAAUGUGGUGUACAAAUUCUGUGACUUGGCCGUUAAGUGUGGUAUGGAUGUGUUCCGAGUGUUCGACUCGUUGAACUACUUGCCGAACAUGUAUGUGGGUAUGGAUGCAGUGGGUAAAGCCGGUGGUGUUAUCGAAGCUGCGAUCUCGUACACGGGCGAUGUGGCCGAUCCGAACCGAACCAAAUACGACCUCAAGUAUUAUUUGGAUAUCGCCGACAAGUUGGUGAAAGCUGGAACGCACAUACUCGCCAUUAAGGCUACGAGCGAUUUUUUCGAGUGGCUAUUCGAAGAAAUACGGAAUAGAAUGAGAAAAUUUCAGGAUAUGGCUGGUGUGAUGAGGCCAAAUGGUGCAAAACUGCUGGUCUCGGCAUUACGAGAUAAAUUCCCCGAUGUACCAAUUCAUAUUCAUACACACGAUACAUCCGGUGCCGGUGUAGCGUCGAUGCUGGAGUGUGCCUAUGCGGGUGCGGAUGUGGUCGAUGCGGCUGUGGAUAGUAUGAGCGGAAUGACGAGUCAACCGAGUAUGGGUGCCAUUGUGGCAUCACUCGAUAGGACACCGCAUAAGACUGGGCUGGAUUUGCAUAAUAUCUCGAAAUACAGUGCCUACUGGGAAAGCGCACGACAACUGUAUGCACCAUUCGAAUGCACCACAACAAUGAAGAGUGGUAAUGCAGAUGUGUUCGUACACGAGAUCCCGGGUGGCCAAUACACGAAUCUUCAGUUCCAGGCAUUCUCAUUAGGUCUUGCGGAACAAUUCAACGAAGUGAAACACAAAUAUCACGAGGCUAAUAUGGCAUUAGGUGAUAUCAUUAAGGUAACUCCGUCAUCGAAGGUUGUCGGUGAUUUAGCGCAAUUCAUGGUGCAAAAUAAGCUAACUGCUCAGACGCUGGUCGAGCGUGCCGAAGACUUGUCAUUCCCGAAAUCAGUUGUGCAAUUUAUGCAGGGUCUUAUUGGGCAACCUCCUUAUGGAUUCCCGGAGCCACUUCGUACAAGAGUGUUGCGUGGUCAACCCAAAUUUGAUGGUCGCCCAGGCGAGAACCUCGAACCUCUGGACUUUGACAAGAUGAAAGUGGAUCUUGAGGCGAAACACGGAAGGAAGCUACGUGAUGAAGACAUAAUGACGUCGGCAAUGUUCCCGAAGGAGUUCGAUGAGUUCGAGCAAUUCAGACAGCAAUACGGACCAGUCGACAAACUGGAAACUCGACCAUUCUUAACCGGAAUGGAUUGCGCUGAAGAGAUAGAUGUCGAGAUAGAGAAGGGUAAAACACUUUCAAUACGGUUGAUGAACAUCGGCAAAUUGAAUCACCGAGGUGAACGCGAGGUGUUCUUUGAAUUGAACGGCCAAAUGCGUAGUAUGUACGUGCAAGAUAAGGAGGCUUCUAAGGAGAUCGUGGCACGACCGCGAGCAAGACCUGGUGUGCGAGGCUCAAUCGGAGCACCGAUGCCAGGCGAGGUGCUCGAGUUGAAGGUGAAAGAAGGCGAUAAGGUUGAGGCAAAGACGCCAUUAUUCGUUCUGUCGGCAAUGAAAAUGGAGAUGGUCAUCGAUAGUCCGAUCGCUGGUACAGUGAAGAAGAUUUAUUGCGAUCCGAAAACGCGAGUUUCAGCCGGCGACUUAGUUGUCGAAGUGGAGCCUUAA